UUAAAGAAGGUGGGGGACGAGCGAAGGGGUUGGAAGCUAGUAUUCCCUACCCCUGCUCUAGCAAGCUCUUUCUAGCGCAGCCACCGCUGUCGCCCAGGAACCUCCCUUCUCCCCUUCCUCGUCCCACCUCGUCUUUCCCGCUCCAACGCCAUGGAGCCGGACACGGCCACAGAGGCAGCCACCGUGGCAGCCUCGGAUGCCAGAGCCACAAUCGUGGUCCUGGAGGAUGAGCAGCCCGGGCCGUCCACCUUUAAAGAGGAGGGAGCGGCUGCUGCCGCCACCGAAGCCACCACGGCCACUGAGAAGGGCGAGAAGAAGGAGAAAAUCACUUCUCCAUUUCAACUCAAACUUGCUGCUAAAACUUCCAAAUCUGAAAAGGAAAUGGACCCAGAAUAUGAAGAGAAAAUGGUAAAUAUACCCUUGAAAGCAGACAGAGCAAAGAGAUUUGAGUUUUUACUGAAGCAGACGGAACUUUUUGCACAUUUCAUUCAACCUUCAGCACAGAAGUCUCCAACAUCUCCUCUUAACAUGAAACUGGCUCGUCCUCGAGUAAAGAAAGAUGACAAGCAGAGCUUGAUUUCUGUGGGAGACUAUCGCCACAGGCUACAAGAACAAGAGGAAGAUGAGGCUUCUGUCAGAGAGUAGAAAACAUCAGAAUGUGUGUGUUAGGAUUUUGAGGUCUCACCUUCUUAUGUGAAGGGAGGACCCCUGAGGGAUUAUCAGAUCCGAGGACUAAACUGGUUGAUCUCUUUGUAUGAAAAUGGAGUCAAUGGUAUUUUAGCUGAUGAAAUGGGCCUUGGGAAGACUUUGCAAACCAUUGCUUUGCUUGGUUACCUGAAGCACUACAGAAACAUUCCUGGACCCCAUAUGGUUUUAGUUCCAAAGUCUACUUUACAUAACUGGAUGAAUGAAUUUAAACGAUGGGUUCCGUCUCUCCGUGUUAUUUGUUUCGUUGGAGACAAAGAUGUGAGAGCGGCUUUUAUUCGUGAUGAAAUGAUGCCAGGAGAAUGGGAUGUUUGUGUGACUUCUUAUGAGAUGGUAAUUAAAGAAAAAUCCGUGUUUAAAAAGUUUCACUGGAGAUACUUAGUCCUUGAUGAAGCUCACAGAAUAAAAAAUGAAAAAUCUAAGCUUUCAGAGAUUGUUCGUGAGUUCAAGUCAACUAAUCGCUUACUUCUAACUGGGACACCUUUGCAGAAUAACUUGCAUGAGCUCUGGGCAUUACUUAACUUUUUAUUGCCGGAUGUCUUUAAUUCUGCAGAUGACUUUGAUUCUUGGUUUGAUACUAAAAAUUGCCUUGGUGAUCAAAAGCUUGUGGAAAGACUCCAUGCAGUUUUAAAACCAUUCUUGUUACGCCGUAUAAAAACUGAUGUAGAGAAAAGUCUGCCUCCAAAGAAGGAAAUAAAGAUUUACUUGGGACUGAGUAAAAUGCAACGAGAAUGGUAUACAAAAAUUCUGAUGAAAGAUAUCGAUGUUUUAAACUCUUCUGGCAAGAUGGACAAGAUGCGACUAUUGAAUAUUCUGAUGCAGCUCCGAAAGUGUUGUAAUCAUCCUUAUCUGUUUGAUGGAGCAGAGCCUGGUCCACCUUAUACGACAGAUGAGCACAUUGUCAGCAAUAGUGGUAAAAUGGUAGCUCUGGAUAAGCUAUUGGCGAGAAUUAAAGAACAGGGAUCAAGAGUUCUCAUCUUUAGCCAGAUGACUCGACUGCUAGACAUUUUGGAGGAUUAUUGUAUGUGGCGUGGUUAUGAGUAUUGUCGACUGGAUGGACAAACCCCACAUGAAGAAAGAGAGGAAGCAAUAGAAGCCUUCAAUGCUCCGAAUAGCAGCAAAUUCAUCUUUAUGCUGAGUACUAGGGCUGGAGGACUCGGAAUUAACUUGGCAAGUGCUGACGUGGUUAUCCUAUAUGAUUCAGACUGGAAUCCACAGGUUGAUUUACAAGCUAUGGAUCGGGCACAUCGCAUUGGUCAGAAGAAGCCAGUACGAGUCUUCCGUCUCAUUACAGACAACACAGUGGAAGAGAGGAUUGUAGAGAGAGCUGAGAUAAAACUGAGACUUGAUUCAAUUGUUAUACAGCAAGGAAGACUCAUUGACCAACAAUCCAACAAGCUGGCAAAAGAGGAAAUGCUACAAAUGAUACGCCAUGGAGCCACACACGUUUUUGCCUGUAAAGAAAGUGAGCUGACGGAUGAGGACAUUGUAACUAUUCUGGAAAGAGGGGAAAAGAAGACUGCAGAGAUGAAUGAACGCAUGCAGAAAAUGGGAGAGUCAUCUCUAAGAAAUUUUAGAAUGGACCUUGAACAAAGUUUGUACAAGUUUGAAGGAGAAGAUUAUAGAGAAAAACAGAAGCUUGGUACGGUGGAAUGGAUUGAACCUCCUAAACGAGAACGCAAAGCCAACUACGCAGUGGAUGCCUACUUCAGAGAGGCUUUACGUGUCAGCGAGCCGAAGAUCCCAAAGGCUCCUCGGCCUCCAAAACAGCCAAAUGUUCAAGAUUUUCAAUUUUUUCCACCACGCUUAUUUGAGCUCCUGGAAAAGGAAAUUCUUUAUUAUCGGAAGACUAUAGGUUACAAGGUCCCAAGGAAUCCUGAGCUCCCCAACCCAGCUAUAGCUCAAAGAGAAGAGCAAAAAAAGAUUGAUGGAGCGGAACCUCUUACACCACAAGAGAGUGAAGAGAAAGAUAAACUUCUUACACAAGGUUUCACAAACUGGACUAAGAGAGAUUUUAACCAGUUUAUUAAAGCUAAUGAGAAGUACGGGAGAGAUGACAUUGAUAAUAUAGCUCGAGAGGUAGAGGGCAAGUCCCCUGAGGAGGUCAUGGAGUAUUCAGCUGUAUUUUGGGAACGCUGCAAUGAAUUACAGGACAUUGAGAAUAUGGCUCAAAUUGAACGUGGAGAAGCAAGAAUUCGAAGAAUCAGUAUUAAGAAAGCACUGGAUGCCAAAAUUGCAAGAUACAAGGCUCCAUUUCAUCAGUUACGGAUUCAGUACGGAACCAGUAAAGGAAAGAACUAUACUGAAGAAGAAGACAGAUUCCUCAUCUGUAUGUUGCACAAAAUGGGCUUUGAAGAAAAUGUAUAUGAAGAAAUUGAGACAGUGCCGUCACGGAAUGCUCCCCAGUUUAGAUUUGACUGGUUUAUCAAGUCGAGAACUGCCAUGGAAUUUCAGAGACGCUGUAAUACUUUGAUUUCAUUGAUUGAAAAAGAAAAUAUGGAAAUUGAGGAAAGAGAGAGAGCAGAAAAGAAGAAACGGGCAACUAAAACUCCAAUGUCACAGAAAAGAAAAGCAGAGUCAGCUACUGAGAGCUCUGGAAAGAAGGAUGUCAAGAAGGUGAAAUCCUAAAGCCUAGAAAUAAAGUUUUAAAUGGGAAACUGCUAUUUUCUUGUUCCCAUCUUCAAAUGCUAAUUACCAGUUCCAGUGUAUUGAUGGUACUCUAAGGAAAAAAACUGAAAUACUCUUUGGUUUUGAUUUCUUGCAUAUUUUAUAUAUUUUACAAUGCUUUCUACCUGAAAUGUGUAGCUUUCUAUUUCAUGCAUCUAGUAUUUUGUGUACUGUAUUUUGUGCAUUUCGUGUCUUCAUCAAAUUCCUCUCAGUCCUUGUUUUUUUGAAGCCUGUGCUGAGGUUUUAGCUUUUCUAUGUUUUCUAUGCCGCUGCUUUGAAAGAGAACCUAGAUUCUAUAGCUGUAUUAUUGUUGUUUCAGACUUUAAAUUUAUAUGGCUGUGGAAAAAUGAAUUAAAACGAUUUGAGGAGAAAGACUUUUUCACUUCUUUGUUGCUUUCUUUUCUAUUGAGUCUGGGCUUGUGUGUGUGUUACUGCAGACUGUGAUUAGCAUAAUAAUCAUUUCUUUGAGGUCCUCUAAAUACUUUUUCCUAAAGAAGUAAAGGGUGAGGAAAGAAAAAUAUUAAAAAAAAACACCCUAAUAUUUGAUACUGUGCUUGCUGUCAGUAUGCGUUACAUUUAAAUUAUUCUCUAAAUAUUCAAGUGGGAAAAUAUAAUAAAGAACUGUCUAUAAGAAA